AUGAAAGUUUGCGACGUUGUGGUUAUCGGUGGUUCAGCAGCAGGUUUACAAGCAACAUUAACAUUAGCAAGAGCCUUGGUUUCUGUCAUUUGUAUUGAUUCAGAUCAGCCAUGUAAUAGGUAUGCAAAAGAAUCCCAUAAUUUCUUGAGCAAUGAUGGUGUUGAGCCCUUAAAAUUGAAAAAAACUUCCUGGGAUCAAGUUUCCAAGUACAACAGCGUUCAUUUGAUUCAUGAUAAAGUACAAGAUGUUCAUCAGAAAGAUCUAGAUAAUGGUUUUAUUGUGAAGACGUUUGGUAACCUUGAAAUUUCAGCAAAACGGUUGAUCUUUGCAUCUGGUAUGAAUGAUAACAUUGAAAAGACAGGAAUUAACAAUAUUGAAAAAUUUUGGGGUAACUCAAUCAUCAUUUGUCCAUAUUGUCAUGGUUUUGAAUUUUCUGGUAAAAAGACUGGGUUGUACUUCAACAGUCCUAUGUUGUUUCAAAUCAUGUCUCCAAUUCUAUACAAUUGGAGUAAAGAUUUGACAUUGAUUUUCCCUGAAAAGGUUUUUGAAGAGCUAGAUAGUGUAACAGCUGAUAAGUUCAAGGAAAAGAAAAUAACUGUGGUCAAGGGUUCUGUUGUUGAAGUGAAUGGUGAUGACUCUUUGUCAAGCGUCACCUUGGACAAUAAUACAACUAUUGAUCUUGAUGUCCUUUACAUCAUUCCACCAUCAACUGUUAAUAACAAAGAAAUGUUAACGAAGCUUGGAGUUGAGUUUGAUGAGAUGAGCUUGGUCAAAGUUGAUGCUCAGCAAAGCACCAAUGUCAAAGGUGUCAAAGCAGCCGGUGACUGUACCACCAUGAUGAGGUCUUUGGCAGGCUCAGCAGCUCAAGGGUUGAUGGCUGGUGCCUCGAUUUGCCACGACAUAUUCCAGGAAAAGUGGGCUGAAGAAUAA